AAUCCGGCUAUGGGCGGAACCGGAAACCAGCGUUCAGACGUUUUCUGUCAAGUGAAACAGUUAGCCGUGACAGCUCUCCUAAAAAAGAUACAGCCGUUUAUUAACCCUUAUGAACCGUUAUAUUUGAUAAUUGCAAAGUACGAAUUUGUUUGUCGAGGCUACGUUUACUAUAUUUUAUCUCAUAUCUCAUAAGUAAGUCAUCAUGGGUGAAGUGGAGCUGUCUUGUCGGGCGUAUGUGAAGAUGUUCCUGCACGCCUCUCUGUUUCCUCGGUGCAGCAUCAACGGGCUGCUGCUGUCCUCCAGCUCUGCAGGCGGUGCUGUGUGUGUGACAGACUGUGUCCCGCUGCUUCAUUCCCACCUGCCUCUGGCUCCCAUCACACAGCUGGCCCUGACACAGGUUGAUGUCUGGUGUUCACAGACUCAGCAGAAGAUAGUGGGAUACUAUCAAGCCAACGCCUGCGUAUCAGACAGCAGCCCGACACCAUGUGCAAUGAAGAUAGCCGAUAAGAUUUCCGAGCAGUUUGACAAUGCAGUUUUGUUAAUGCUUGAUGGCAGUAAGAUGUCUUCAGACUAUCGGGUUCCUCCCAUCGUGAUUUACGAGCGCAAAGAUUCAAGAUGGCUGCUCAAAGACAAACACACGAUAAUGCUGAGACAGUGGGACGAGAUUCGGUCAAUAGCCACUCAGAUGCUGGAGUCGGGCGACCAAUCGCUGUUGGUGGAUUUUGACAGCCACCUGGACGACAUCACAAAGGACUGGACCAAUCAGAAACUGAAUACUAAGAUAGCCGAGCUCGCCUCGCCAGCCAACGGGAACAUCUAGACCGAGGUGUAGCAUCUGUUUGUAGAGCGCAGAUUAACUUAUGUUCUGACCCAACGUCAUGGGAUAUUUGUUUUAUAACAAAACGUCACAGAGCUUAGCUUUAUAUUUAUUAGACUGAACAGAGACAUAACAUAGAACAUGCAUAAAUAACAACAUAUUUACAGCCCCCCCCCCCCCACACACACACACACACAAUGCACCUGUGGUAUUUUUGUCUCUUGUUUAUUUCUAUGUACAUUACAGGCUCCAGGGGGUGGACAAAAUAACACAAACACCAUAUAAUGCAAUACAAAAGUCUAGCAGUAAAAACAAACUUGUUGCAGCUCUUUUUUUUGUCGGGUGUUUCAGGGAAUCAUGAUUAAGGUGGUAGUUAAUUUUCCUUAAAGCAGAUGCUGCUUCAAUUGUUCUCCUACAAACCAUUUAUAGCUUAUUAAAUGGCACUUUAAAGUAGUUUUAAGGAAAUAUACUUUAUGUUUAAGUCCUGUGGGGGUACUAGCACCAGACUACCUGCAAAUAUAUGCAAAUAUGUCUUCAAAGGAAAAGUUAGAAAUGCAGACAAAUACUAAAAACAUUGAUAAACACUUGAAAAUAUCCAUAUCUGCAUACAACUACAUCAUAGUGUACAUCCCAGAAUAUUAUCCUUAUAACUAAUAUCUAUAUUUUAAAACAAAUAUAUAUAAAUACCAAAUAUUCUGAGCUUCAGCAAACUGAUUUUUAGUGCAAGACUUUUGUAUUGAGAUUAAAGAUGUCUGCUUUUACCUUUACAGAACUAUUGUAAAACUAAUGUCUAGAGCAGUGUCACAAAACUAAUCAAACAUCCUGAACGUCUUCCCUGUUAAAGGUCAAUUAAGGUUAACUGUGUACACCUUGUAAUGUUGAUACAUUUAUAACGCAUAAACCGAACCGAACAUCCCAGAUGAAUAUUGUUUAACAGCAGACUGAACGUUGGUUAUUCCUCUAUAAGUGCUACAUGUUAAAAUACAGCCCAUAAUCGUCAAAGUGUAAAUGUUUGUGUUUCACCAACACAACCUACCAUGAUAAAUGAGUACCCCAAGAUUUGGAUUUAACUAACAAGCAUACCAUUAAAAAAAGUGCUCUUAUUAUUUUCACUACUCUACUGAA